AUGAAUAUCUACACUAAACGAGAUUCCAAUAACGAUAAAAACCAACGGCUGACGUUACCCAACGGCGGACCAAAACACGAUCAAAGCUUCGACAACCCAGCAUUUCGCAACCCGGAUUUGUACACUAUCUCAUCCACUUUACGAGAUGUCUAUUCAGACAAUCACUUGAUAUAUCGUAGAAAUAACGAAGACAGCAACACUGAAACAAUAAGAAACGUAUACAGCAACAGUGGGAAAAGCAGCAUAUACAUACAGAAUUUCUCGUCACUAAACAUUCCAUUGAAUUUAGACUCAAGUCUACCAUACGAUAUCGGGUCUAGUCUUCGCAGAGGGAAUAUUCCAAAUGGACAACUUGCAUUUUCUCAGACUAUUGGAAGACAGCCUGCACCGACAGCGUUCUUGAAAAAGACACAUUUUGGCACAACUUUAAAACUUCCGUAUAAGAGGCUAGACAGAACAUCCAAAUUCCGUUAUACCUCAUCAAAACAUAACAGUAUUUCUUAUUUUGAUAUCGAAACUGACCAGGGAUCAAACUAUUAUUACCAACCAGGUGAGAAUAUCACUGGGACUAUUAAUAUUAUUGUGCUGAAAAGUUUGGAGAUCCGAUAUGUGGAGCUGGUUGCAAUAGGCCAGGGCCAGUUCACCAAGAGAAAGUCCAACAAUGGAUAUCCACAGACGGUUCGGGAGACGUACCUGUAUAAGGAGAAAUGCAUCAUUGGAGCAAGCGAUGCUCACAUUGGUUCAGUGCUUACCCCAGGCCAAUACACUUCCAAGUUUCGUGUCCGACUCCCCAGGGACCUCCCCUCUACCAUCCACCACGACGAUAGCGCCAAUGAUUUCAAACUCCACAUCCGGUACGCUCUCAAGACAACCUAUAGAAGUAGAUGUUGUUGUAACCAAGUAGAGAUUCAGAGACCCAUGAUUAUGUUCCUACCAUGUCUAUUCUAUUCACAGAUCAACUUCAAUGUUCAGCGAAGCUUUGAUCUGAGUGCAAUACCAGAAGCGAUGUCUCCAAUCGUUCAUACAGAACAGGUGAAUCUUGUCUGUACCCGUCAAGAAGUCGCUGAAGUCACUCUCAGUUUGGACCGGUCUGUCUUUCUUGCUGGCGACGAUAUCCGCCUGCACCUUGAAGUGAUAUUACCAAGUUCUCAGAGUGUCAAGGAUAUCACAUGUACCCUUCAAGAAUAUGUGACUAUCAGCCCCAAAGUGGAACCGAUGAUCUUUACACUAAAACAAACAAAUCCUGGACAAGAACAGAAGUUCGUGGUGACCAUCCCUACACAUACACGGAUGAUCUCCCCUUAUAGUUUGGGGAGCAGUCAAAUCAAGAUUGACUAUUUUCUGGCAGUAGAUCUUCGAUUUACUCCAGCCGGGGGAAAACUAUCUUUUAAGGUUCCUGUGGGUAUUGGACCUUGCGCAGACCCGAUCCACGUGGAAAAGAUUACAUCGAGAAAGGCAAUCCCAUUGUUUAACAGAACCAUCAGGUUUCCUUGCUUUUCCACCAGAUCUCUUGCUGAAUCCUCCUCAUCCCGACCGUCAAACUCAAGAAGCACUGCAUCUGUUGUAGUCAGAACUAAAUAUUCCAACGGAUUAUUUGCUCGUUGUUUUCUUUGCUGUUUAGGCGCCGUUGAUUAA